AGACACUUGAAGUUGUUGAACCUGAAUGUUUCGAAUCACGCGCGUGAAAAAUGCUCUACGCGUUCCUCGACGUCUAUGUCAGAUACCCAGGCGCUAUUCAUCGUCCAAUGAUGGGGGCUCUGAGCAUGCGGUCAUCUCUACGUUCGAUCUCUUCAGUAUUGGAGUUGGCCCUUCGUCUUCCCACACCGUCGGUCCCAUGAGAGCCGGAAAGAUCUUCUGCGCUGACCUCGAAGAGUUGAACCUGCUUCAAAAAGUUCACACCGUGAAGAUCACAUUAUAUGGUUCCCUAGCGGCUACGGGUAAAGGGCAUCACACUCCGCAAGCCAUUUUGCUUGGUCUAGAAGGCAGCGACCCCGAGACGAUUGACACUGGGACGAUUCCGUCGCGAUACGAUACGAUUCUAACGGGGAAAUCGCUAUUGCUUUCCGGUUAUCAUCGAAUUCGUUAUGACAUGGACCGUGAUAUGCUUUGGCGCUGGGAUCAAGUCCUCAAGACCCAUCCGAACGGCAUGCGUUUCAGUGUUUUCGAUGAGAAUGGCGACCUCCUGGCCACAAACGAAUAUUUCAGCGUUGGAGGUGGCUUUGUUGUGAAUGACAAGACCAAAGUGGACGAGAAUCUCUUUUACAAAGGCGUCGACAAGAAAGCCGUUCACGGAGCAAGACUGCAUCAAGUCCACGCUCCGGUAGACUCGGACGCCGCUCCUCUCCCCGAACCGUCACCUGAAGGGUCCGAGGACCCGAUCGCAGAGCAUGUCGUGGAGCCGGGUCCGCCCUAUCCAUUUGCCUCUGGUAACGAUUUGCUGGAACUGACAAAAAAGCAUAACAUGACAAUAGCGCAAAUCGUAUGGGACAAUGAGCGUUCGUUCGGAUAUUCUGAUGAGGAGGUGCAUGCCAAGCUUAUGCGCAUCUGGAGUGUGAUGGAUGAAUGCAUUCGCACAGGUGUGUCAACUAGCGAGACCACUCUGCCUGGACGCCUGCGAUUGAGACGUCGGGCACCCAUGCUGUAUCGCCGUCUGAUGAGGGGGUUUUAUCCCGGGAUCUCUGGCACUGCAAUGAUCAAUCCGGUCAUCUCAAGUGGUUCAGCGGGUUGGCGGCCUGACAGUGCUAUUGACUCGCCGAGGGACUCGACGGAUCCAACAGCAGGGUUGCCGAAGCAUUCUGACGAGCCAUUGCCUGUUCGACCGUCAGGUUCGCGUGCUGCCAGAGUAGUAGGCUCGUUCGAGCACGCGGUGUUACCAAUGCCGCCGAGGCGCACCGUCAUACCCGCCAUGGAUUUUCUCAGCUGCUAUGCGAUCGCUGUCAACGAAGUCAACGCCGGCGGUGGGCGGAUUGUAACGUCUCCCACCAAUGGUGCUGCGGGUGUGAUACCUGCCGUUCUGAAGUACAUCAUCGAGUUCGUGAGCGAUGAUCCCGAAAAGAGUGUGAUUACAUUUCUAUUAACUGCUUCUGUGAGAACUGGUUCUGAGCAUGUACUUUAUUUGAGCUCAUCAUUGGGCAGGCUAUCGGAAUGCUGUUCAAACGAGGGAGUACGAUCUCUGCUGCCGAGGGCGGAUGCCAAGCAGAGGUUGGAGUCGCGUGUUCGAUGGCCAGUGCUGGAUUUGCUGCUUGUAUGGGCGGUGGGUGUGCUCUGCUCAGACUGGCUAAUCACGCUUACGUUCUAUCAAAUGAAGCCUCCCCCGAGACUGUGCUCCAGGUGCGUUUGACAGAGAUGGGUCUGGCAUCUAGCCAGUGCUGAAGAGACCUUUAUAGGCGGCAGAGAUCGGCAUAGGUGUGUCGAUAUGUUUGGACGGGAUUUGUGUCUGAUUGUGACCAGAGCAUAAUCUGGGCUUGACCUGUGGUCAGAAUCGCUACUAUUCUCUGUCUGCAGACCCAUUUCAAUUCUUUGCAGAUCCCAUUGACGGCUUGGUACAAAUUCCUUGCAUCGAACGGAACAGUCUCGGAGGUGGGCUGUGUCGUGCCUUCGGCUGUGAUAUAUCUGACCGCCUGCGCAGCUGUAAAGGCUAUCACCGCUGCUCAGCUCUCCCUUGCAAGUGACGGAGUUUAUAGUGUCACGCUGGAUGAGGCCAUAGAAGCCAUGCGACUUACAGCUGCUGACAUGAGCGUCAAAUACAAAGAAACAUCUCUAUCUGGCCUUGCAACCACUGUCAAGAUUCCUCUGACCGUCCCAGCUUGCUAGAUCCUUCCAUCUGCCUCAGUUCUCUAUGCAGUUUAGAGUACCUACUAGAGCGACACGAUCGCAAGUCAGAUUACAAGCUUAUAAACUCACGAGUUGCAACGAACAGCGCCUCUGCGCUCCAGAUAAACUUUCGGCCGAUCUUGCAGCGCUCCAGUGAAUCGAUUUUCGCCGCCACGCCCAACACUCGCGGUUGCCCUUCUUUCCGCACAAUCUACCAUCACCUCCGAAGGCACUCCGUCGUCUCACUUCCGGCCACCGGAACAUCGACCUGCGUGUUACUAGUGAUCGUAUUUCCAAACCUGUUCCGAGGGCGCCUUCGAUUCUUCGAAAGUCGGCUCGUUCUAAUCUCGACGCGAGCAUCCCUCCUAUUUCUCAGGAUCCUGAGUCCUCCGCCAAGGCGGGGCUUGCUCGGGCCAGAUCAAACGCCUCUCGGUGCAUAGUUCCCGAUCACAGUGCUUGAUCCAUUGAAUACUUUCCAUCUACUUGUUGAAUUCGAAUGCGGAGACCAGCCUUUAACUAUCCGGGGAAACGUAAAAGAAUCAGUUGACGAACGCGACGUCCACGAUGCGCAGAUCUUCUUCCGCGAUGGUACGUGGCGCCAAAGAAGCGGACUUAGAAUGUGUGAAGGAGUCGGAGCUUAGUGCACCUCCACUCCUCCACUGUCUAAUGAUCAACUCGCCGCGCUCAUUUCGCCGUCCAAACGCAUUUCGCACUCAAUCAUCCGGCCAGCCGUCGACGGUUACGCCGCUGACGCACCCGCUGCCGUCGUUUUAAUUGCAGGCGCCAGUAGAUGCGGCCAGGAAGAACUCAAGAUUAUUUCUGCUUUCUCUCAGUAACCAGUUGGAGCAAGGCGGAUGGGGUAAGCCGGGCGUGGAUGAAGCUGUGCUCGCCUCCAAGAGUAGAAAGAAUGGCGUGCGUACCCACCGUGUAGUGAUUUGUUCAUUACAUCCGAUUAUUGCCGAAGUCUCAGGUUGUCCUGAUCUACGAUGUCCAUGAAAGCUUUCAAUACACGAUUGACGCGUCUGCUUGGCACGAAGACCCCAAUUGUGUCCGCUCCGAUGGCUGGAGCAGCGGGCGGCGAGUUGGCCGGUCGCGUCUCUGCUGCUGGAGGCUUUGGAUUUCUCUCUGCCGGCUACGGUCUGGGUUCCGACCAGUUCAAGCAACAACUAGAUCUGGCUCGUAACCUUUGUGCUCCUUCACGACGGAUCCCUGUGGGUGUUGGCUAUCUUGCGUGGCAACUUGAGAAGCCCCAAUCUCCGCUCGUCGACCUUCUCCUUGUUGCUCUGGACCAGCGCGUCCAGGCUGUCUGGUUCGCGUUCGGUGCGGAUAUCGAGAAAUGGAUCAGCAUCGUACGCGAGCACGACCGCCGCACGGGCGAGAAGACUCUAAUCUUCGUGCAAGUUUCUACGGCGCAAGAAGCAGUAGUCGCCGCUCGGGAAUGGAAGGUGGACUGCAUUGUGGCGCAAGG